AUGCAACGAAUUUUUGCCGAUAUUUACCGUUUUAGUCGUUGCGGACAUCACUCGCGGACACAGAGACUGAGCCGAUCAGUGACCACAACAACAACACCAUCAGCAGCCAUGAGAUCAUCAUCUGAAGACAUGCAUCAGAUCCACGGCCGGCUAUAUCUGGGCAACAUCGCGGCCGCCCGUAACCAUCAGGAGCUCCGGCAGCGAAACAUCGGCACAGUAUUGACAGUAAUGCAAAGCCGUAUACCCGACGACGACCGGCACCACCGACUCGACUACCAUUGGAUCGACGCCGAAGACCGGCCCGAAGAGGACCUGUUGACAGAGUUCCCCAAAGCGUUCGACAUCAUUGACCAGUCACUGAAGUCGGGCGCCGGUAUUCUCGUCCACUGUAAGGCCGGUGUGAGCAGAUCCGCGACGAUUGUCAUCAGUUAUCUGAUGCGCGCUCAGCGCAAGACAUACAAAGACGCCAUGGAUUUGGUUCAGUCCAAGCGUGACAUCGUUGGCCCGAACCAUGGCUUUCGGGAUCAGCUCCGGCUGUACGAGUGGAUGGGCUGUCGACUGAACGCCAACGACCGCCGCUUUCGACACUAUCUGCUCCAGACUUGCGUCUGGUAUUACUUCUGUUCCCUUCGCGAGUACUUUGAGCUCUUGUCCGGAGCCGAGAAAGUGGUCGGCGAUGAGUUGGCCACCGGUCAGCGGUACCAGUGCUCCGGUCGCGGCUGCUCUCAACCGCUCUUCGCCGAUAUCAAUGUGAUCCGCAACGACAGCACCGCCGACAAAGUCUGUGGCCGUGUGUUUGUGGAGCCCCGGCCGUGGAUGCGAGAGUUGUCCGCACCCACCGAUCCCGACGCGUCCGAAGUGGCCAUCAAGUGUCCCAACUGUGCCCGAGUGGUGGCCAAAGUGAUCACCCGUCGGACGCCCCUCCGGUGCAAGUGUGCCGACCAUAAGGGCUCGCAUUGGCUGAAGAUCCAGAUGUUGGACCAGUCGUUCAAAAAGUCAUCGACGAUAGCAAACAAUGCAAACAGAAGUUAA